AUGGCCGACGAUUACCACGACAACAAGUCGCCAGCUAUAGCUAUCGCCGAGCAGGCCGCCAUUAUCAUCAUCACACAAACCGUUAACAACAACAGUAGUUCCGGUAACGAGAUACUCUUCACUAACGGGACAGUUGGUAGUUCCGGCAUACAAGGAAACAACAGUUUUUUCUUGCCCUACGAUGUUCCAACAGGGCUGAUUUGUUUGUUGGCUUUUCUGUACGGGUCUAUAUCCGUUCUGACAGUCAUAGGUAACGGUUUAGUGAUUCUGGUGAUUGUCAAGAACAUGAGGAUGCACACAGUUACGAAUAUCUUCAUAUCCAACUUGGCGGUGGCCGACGUCAUCAUUGGACUCUUCUCCAUUCCAUUCCAGUUUCAGGCGGCACUGCUCCAGCGGUGGGUGCUGGCAAACUUCAUGUGCUCCCUGGCUCCAUUCGUCCAGGUCAUCAGUGUCAACGUCAGCAUCUUCACCCUAACCGUCAUCGCCGUGGACCGAUACAUCGCGGUCAUCCACCCUUUCAAAGCCGGCUGCUCUAAGAGAUCCGCCGCCAUCAUCAUCAGCGUCAUCUGGACAGUGGGCAUCGGGGUAGCAGUGCCGGUUCAACAGUUUUACUGGGUGGAGUAUAUCCCAGAGAAUAACGCACUGACUCCGCUGUGUUCUUUGCACACACCCGACGGAUGGACGUGGUUUUCGCUCUACUACAACUGCUUGUUGGUCUGCGUGCAGUACCUGCUGCCUCUGGUGGUGAUUACCUUCUGUUACUGCAGGAUUGCUUGGCAUAUCUGGGGAGCUCGCCGGCCAGGGGCACAGGUCAACAACGAGGAUAUUAGAUGCCGGAACAAGCGAAAG